AUGCAGAUUGGCGUGAGGUUUUGUGGAAAGACCUCAUUUGUUCAGGCCGAGCCGUCUCAGUCGGUUCUGUCUCUAAAGGCUCUUGUUGGGCGUGCCUGUGGGCUCGAUUCCUCGGUGAUGGUUCUACAACACAAUUCUAGAAUACUAGAGGACUCAGGAACAAUGGCAGGCUAUGGCAUGAGGACUCUCGAUACGAUCACGGCGUAUCCUAAGCUUCUCGGAGGAGGAGGAAACAUGUCUGACAACGAUGCAGCCAUGGCUAUGAAAGAGAAGAACGACUGCCUGAUUUGCCGCAGGUGCUAUGCAAGAUCUGGAAAGGCUGCAGAGAAGUGUAGAAAGUGUUUCAGCAAGGAUCUGAGGCUCAAGAAGCCCCUUAAGGCAAUGAAGAAGAAAUAA